AUGAGCAACCCACUGCUGAAAGUUCUUCAAAGCGAGUUGCGAUCUCUUUCCGUGGAGGCUCAACACAAAUUUCCUGUUAUAAAGGAAGCUGCUGACCGUGGAGUGAGGCAGCUACGCUCGAUUCAAGAACGCUUGGAGGAGCAGACAAUUUCUUCGGAUCAGGUUGUGCAAUAUAUCAAGAGCAGCAACGAGGAAAUCGUAAAACCAUUUCUAAUUGCAUGUGAAAGCAAAAACACUAAACUCAUCGUCAUUGCACUUUCUUCUCUACACCAAAUACUUCUUCACAAUGCAGUACCAGAGGCCGGGCUAAAUAUCAUUGUGGAAACGGUAUCACGUCUCGGGCAUCAAACAAGCACAGAAGAAUCAGUACUACUAAAAAUCUUACAACUGGUUUUGGCGAUUUUUACGGCACGAGGAGGCUAUGAAAUAAGCCAAGCCACUCUAUCCAAGUUACUAAAAUUAUGUUAUUCAUUGAAUGGAUCAAAAAGUCUCAAUGUUGACAUGACAGCAAAGGCAACGAUAAGACAAGCUACAAGUGCAAUAUUUGAAUUUCUUCGGCCCAAAACAGAAGACAAUAAUAAUGACCAAGAAAAAAUCGAUGAAGAAUCAAACUCCUUCAAAAAUUCUGUGCUUUAUUUCAAGGAUUUGUGUACAAUGAUGGACGGGGAGCCAGGUCAAUGGUUAGGAAUAUCUGGUGUUGACAAUAAUUUCACUUUAGAGCUACUGGACUCAAUUAUUGCAAAUUAUGGAAAAAUGUUCCGAAAUCUCACACAAUUUAAGAAAAUGAUUGAUCAAUUAAUUUGUCCUUACAUUUCCAACAAUUUAAGCAACAUUUUAUCCGGAACAAACUCUAUCUCAUUUUCACAUUCGUUACGAGUUUAUAAAAUCACUUGCUCCGUUUUGCACGCAUUGGGAGCAGUAUUACCGUAUGACAGCUUUUUAAUGAUGGUUUGCCUACAUUUAAAAGAAACAAUAGAGAAACCAAGUAAUAACGCUUGCAACAAGCUCCUUGCUUUGGAAGUCGUUAAAACAAUUUUCUAUGACUAUGAUCUCCUCUUGUACAUUCACAGAUACAUUACCUCUACACUCAACAUCAUUACUUCUGAAAACCAUAUUAUUGCCAAACUUGCUAGCUCAGUAACACUUUAUGUCCAACAAUUACUAAAUUAUAAUUCAACUUCCACUCCUGGCACUCCUCAAGACUUAAUUAGUGCCGAGAGAUCACCUUCUCAAAACAAUCCUGGAAUUAGUAGCUUGUCCGCAAAAUUAUCACUUGACCUUAAUCAAAAACAUACAACCAGAUUAGAUACGCUUCUAGAUAAAUCAAGUUAUACUCCUGCUUUAUCGGAAAGUGUUGGAGUAUGUCUAGAAUGCAUUUCUGGUCUUAUCAUUUCAUUGAGUACUAUGGCAGGAAUACAGAAAUUAUCGGGAGUGACGAAACGAAACGAAACCGAAGAAAAUGAAGAUGUGAGUCAUGAGUUGAUGGAAAAUAGAGCGAUUUGCUCCGUAUUUGUCGAUAUUGUAUGGGCUCCCACUUUAACUACUCUCUUUAUUUUACUUGAAGUAUGCGAUGGUGAUGAGAACAUUCAGUCAAUUUUGAGAAAUUACUUGCUAUUUACACAUACAUGCGGAGUGACUGGACUUUCAGCUCCAAGAGACGCUUUUUUAACCAAUCUUUGCAAAUUUACUCCAAAAAUCAAACUUUCAAAGCGAACAUAUUCCAGUUCAAACUUUUCUAAUACCAGUGAUCUUUUCUAUACUACCCCAGAAGUGAACACCAAUAGUGCAAGCGGCUCAGAUUCGAAUAUCAUCAAAAUGGAUGAGCUCAAUAGAAAAUCAGUUCUAGUGAUGAAAAUUUUAUUCAAUAUUGCCCACUGUUUGGGCGGAUUGUUAGGCAGUAGUUGGUAUUUGCUUUUGAAAAACUUCCUGGUGAUUGACAAGCUGUUAACACAACGACUACCAUUUACCUCUGCUUCUGAAACUGAGCAAGAAGAUUUGAAUAUUUUAUUUGCAGCAUUGCAAAACUUAUUUAUGAGCACCUCUCAUUUAAGCGAUGAUUCCUUAUUGGUAAUGCUGAAAGCUCUUUGUAGAUUAUCUAAAGACACUGUCAACAACCAACUGUUGGGAGACAACAGUAGGCUAUUUGCUGCACAGAAAAUUGUAGAAACAGUUCAAGUUAACAUCAACAGAGUGGACAAAACAUGGCAAGUAUUUUCUCCUCAUAUAUUAUGGCUUAUAGAGAAUGAGGACGAACAAAUUCGUAAAUUUGCUGUGUCGAGUGUCUCUGAAGUUAUAAUAUCCAUGUACCGACCAGAGUAUAAUAAGUUCAGCUCAAGGUUUGGAAACAAAGAUGGAGAAUUAGAGAAUCCAAACAUUGUUUCUUCAGACCUUGAAAGAGUUGCGUUUACAAUAUUUAUGGACAUUUUCCAGUCAUCAUCAGAUUUUAUGGAUACACGAGAAUAUCUUUUAAACACCCUGAACACAAUUUUACAAAAAUGUGGAUACAAAUUUUCUACUGCCUGGACGGUUCUGCUGCCUUUAUUGAAAGAGUGCGCAGCAAUGCCCACCUCUAAAAAGAAGUCAGCUCCAAACUCGAACAUCAACAGAGCUAAACUUAUUCCAUUCGGUUUUAAAUGCGUCCAAACCAUUGGAACCAAAGAGCUGUUGCCGACUUUAGGAUUUGAAUGCCUUACUGAAUUCUUUACUGUUGUCAGUGCAUAUGUGAAGCAGAGAGAUGCAUCAGACUUGAAUCUCAGUUUCGUAGCAAUUAAUUUAUUUAUGAACAGUGCAGAGUUUUUAACAGAAAGAUAUCCAAAGGUUAAAAACGAAGACACUUAUCAAGACGACAAGGAGGCUGGUGAAAAUGAAGGAGACAUGAGUCGGGUUGAUGAGUUGUGGUUGACUCUGUAUGAACAGUUGCGUGAUUCAACUAUUGAUAGUCGGCCAGAUGUUAGGCAUUCAGCUCUUAAAACCCUUACAUUCGUGAUCGUUUCUCAUGGAAAUCAACUCACGAAAAAGACAUGGGAGAAAUGCAUCUCAGAUAUCAUUCUCAAAAUUUUAGAUCUUACCCAUGAGGCUGCAACGUCUGCAGAGACAAAUUUGGAGGACCCCGAGUUACCCACAGCAGGGAAAGAUAACACAUCGAGCCCUCUAGAUUUGGGAAUCGAAGAUCCAAAAAAGAAGAAAAAACAAAUUGUGGUACACCACAGCAGAAAUACAGCAGCAAAACAAUGGAGCGAAACACGAGCUUUAGUUAUCGAUUUUUUAUCACGCGUUGUUUCUGAGCAUGGAAACAAUAUUUUAAGCGAGAUUCCUCUUUUUGUCAAUAAGGCAUGCAACGAAAUUACGUUAUUUAUUCACAAGUCAGUUCUGUCCAAAACCUCAGAAAUUGCAAUGACAGCCGUUAAAAACCUGUAUGAUAUGAUAAGCUCAACAAGAGGAGAAAUUAAGAAAUCUCUUUGGAAAGGCGCUUGGGAAGUAUGGCACACACUUGCUGAUUUUUCUAAGUUUGUAACUUCAACAGAGAAGAAGGAAUCAUUUGUUAACGUUGACACUAUUACGUCUCUCCUUGAGGGAAUUGGAAAACUGUACGAGCAAGAAUGUCAACUAAAAAAACAAACGAUCGAUGAUGACAAUUUGGACAAUGUUAUUUUCACCCAAGAAGAUAUUGAGAAGGUUAUUGAUUAUUUAAUUGAUCCAUUCCUUACUUGCCAAGCAGCUGUGAACGUUCUUAUAUUUCCAUCUCAUGUUCAAAGAGCAUGUAUGGAAUUAGUUCACAAAAUCGCUGACUUUUCAGAUCAAACUAGAGAACAUAUUUUCAAGAUACUUCGUAAUCAUCUUCCAUCGAAGGAAUCUAUACGCAAAGGCCAAAUUGAGACUCCUGUUAAGUUUGCAGUUUUACUCCAGAAGGUAAUUAUUGAAGUCUGUUGUUUGGACGCUCCAGUUGCGGUCAAGCGUGUGACGUUCCAUUCGAGCAUUCAACUGUUAGGAGACAUGAUGCAAACCAAGUUUGUUAAACAGCUUAACAAUCAAAAGAGCUAUUACUUGUGGAAGUCAUCGGUUAAAUAUUUUGAAAAAGUAAUCAAAUCAUGUAUGGAUGAAACAGAAGGCAGUUUUUCUAUUGAUAUCGACGAAGACACCUGGAAUGAUGUUUGCCAAGCCAUUGAGUCAUUCCUUUUCCAUGAAAAGUACUUGAAAUCAAAUGAUGACGAUGAUGAUGAUGAUGAUGACGACGAGUAUGAUAGUGAUGAAGAUCAGGAAGAACAUGUUGAUGAGAGUAUUUUACUCACUAACUUGAUUUCCAACUUUAUUCUGGUGAAUAUAGAUAGCAACGCCUCUAGCUCUGUAAAACGAAGAUUUUUGAUGAUACUGGAAAAGGCAACACAUUUAACUCCAAAACCGGUAGCCAAACAUUCCCUAAAAACAUUAUUCUCGUUUGUUUCUAAAGCUACUGAAAGAUUGGAGCAAGUUCAUUCGAAAGAAGACGAACUUGGAAAGAAGGAAAAACUUGAGGUGGAUUUAGGAAAAAUAGUGUUACCAAUUUUGUUCAAGAGAUGUAAAUCUAUUCUGACGCAAUUUAUCCAAGAUGACAAGAGGAGUGGAAAUUGUCCUCUUCCUAAACCAAGGAGACAAGAGGUUUAUAAUACUCUUAUCGAAUUGAAAGCCAUACGAGUGAAUCCACUUCUCUAUUGUGAGCUUAACAAGCUCUCUGAUUCUACUCAUCAAACUCCAGCUCUUAACGGAUAUCAAGGUCUUGUUGUAAGGUUAUUCCCGGUUUUAUGUGAAUUCAUUUCAUACCACGGAAACAGUGAGGCCAUAUCAACCGUUUUGUUAGAAAUGUUCAAGAUUGUUAGCAAAGAGUUGGGAAUUAAUGAGGCCCAUGUCCUUGCGGAUGAAUAA